CCUAGGCAAGAUGGAGGCAUCUGUAAUCGACACAGCCGUAGAAACGGAGGAAAACCAAGGGGCCACACUGUCUUCUCCUGAGCAGCCGCAACGGGUGCUUAUCUUCCGUACUUUGGUGGAUAAGUUCUUGGAGGGACUAGUGGAGGCAGGCAGUUACCAGAGAUUUGCUCGAUGCUACAGACGUUUCUACAAAAUCCAACCAGAGAUAACCAGAAGCAUAUACGACCAGUUUGUAUCCCAGCUGCAGACUUCUAUUAAGGAAGAGAUACAGGAAAUAAUAGAUGAAGGGAAUCUUGAGACUCUGUUGGACUCUUUGGAUAAGCUGGAAAAGGAAGCUGGAGGCAAAACAGACCUGGAGUGGCGUCCCAGUGGUGUCCCCGAAGAAGAUCUCCGUAACCACCUGGUGCCUUACCUUCUGCAGCAGAGGGAUUACCUGCGAAAAAUCCUGAAGGACAGAGUGGAAGAGAAUGCGAAGCUCGCUCAGGCUGUGCUGGCUGGUAGGCAGAAGAUAGAAGAAAUGCAACAGGAGAUAGAAAGGAGGAAGAAAGCAUGGCAGGAAUUGAGUAAAGUGCAGAGGGAUCUGGUUCUCUCCAUUCAGGAACCAAUCUGAGAGAUACUUACUGCAAAUUUGUUGUGUAUAGACUGUUGCUCCAAUGGAAAUAUUGUUUCAUAUUGGGGCAUCUAGUUGCUUGUGUUAGUCAGAUUCAAUCGUUUCAACCCUGGAGCAAGAGCAACUUUUGUGACAAAGGGACAAGGACAAAAGAGGAAAAUGGAAACCAUUUAGGAGCGUUUAAUGCAGCAUCAGAAAGUGCUUGCAGCAAAGAGACUUGACUAAAUCACCUCCUCUUGUAUUCAGCUUGCCGCCCAUGGUAGCACUUAUAGACGGCACAAAUUCAAUGCAAAUAAUGUUUGUUGCUUCCAUUUUCUAGGUUGCGAAGUGCUUCAAUAUAAUAAUAAAAGUUGUAAACUAUUA